CGCCCCUGAGGCGCGGUCACGUGCCCUGCGCCGUGACGGCAGAAGUGGCGCCGUUGCUAGGCGGCCGUUGCUAGGCGCACGCUGCGUGCUUUGCGUCGGGAGCGCGGCGUCAGAGGCGGGAAGCGCGAGCGGCGGCGCCAUGGCGCGAGCGUGGCAGCACCCGUUCCUCAACGUCUUCAGACACUUCAAGGUGGAUGAGUGGAAGCGGUCCACUAAGGAGGGCGACGUGGCGCCCGUGACGGACAAGACCCUGAAGUGCACCGUGUAUCGAGUUCGGGGCUCUGUUUCUGCUGGCAAUUACAUCCAGCUCCCCAAAACCAGCACUCAGUCACUGGGGCUGACAGGACGAUACCUGUACGUGCUCUUUCGGCCCUUGCCCACCAAGCACUUCAUCAUUCACCUGGAUGUGUCCACUGAGGACAGUCAGGUCAUCCGAGUGUCCUUCUCCAAUCUCUUCAAAGAAUUCAAAUCAACAGCCACGUGGCUUCAGUUCCCUUUUAUCUUUGAGGCUGGGAGGUCCAGGAAAGACCUGGCAGGUAUGAUCCCUGCCGGUACCCGCUGGACCUGCCUGCAGCUCGACCUGCAUGACAUCCUCCUGGUCUACCUGAACCGGUGCUACAGUCACCUCAAGAGCAUCAGGCUGUGUGCCAACCUGCUAGUUAGGAACCUCUACACCAGUGACCUGUGCUUUGACCCAGCUGUCACCAUUGCUGAAGCCCGGAGGGCAAAGCUGCCUGUCACCCCUGUACCUCGAGAAAUGGCAUUCCCAGUGCCAAAAGGGGAGAGGUGGCAUGACCACUACAUUCACAUCCGGUUUCCAAGUGACAGCUCAGAACCAUUCUCCGAACCGGUUCAGAAGAGCUGUUCCCUUCCUGAGGCAGUCUUACCGGGGCAUGUGCCGCAGCUUCUUCCUCAUCCGGUGGCCUUCAGCAAGCAAGUACAGGACAGUGUGUCCUUCAAGGUCCAGAAGCUUGGCCCUACAGCCUCCCGCUGGGCCCCUUCGGCACCCAGACCCCUUCCAGAAGUCACCCUGUCCUGUGAGUGCUCAGUGGUCUCCAGUGUGGGUGGCCCUAGUGGCCAUUGCCAAGAGCCCUUCCCCUGGGUUGACAAACAUGCAGCUGGCGACAGUGUUCACAUAUCUGCUCAUAAGCCUGCUGUGGAGCCUGCAGCCCCAGAACAUACAACCUCACAAGAGAGCUUCCUGCCAGAUCCAGUUCUGAGGCUCAAGGGGGUCAUCGGCUUUGGAGGUUACAGCACCAAAUGGGCCCUGUGGACCCGGGAUGGGGCUGCUGUCGUGUACCCUUGCCAUGCGGUCAUUGUCAUCCUGCAUGUCAACACCCGGGAGCAGCGUCUCUUCCUUGGCCACACAGACAAGGUCUCUGCCCUGGCCCUGGAUGGGAGCAGCUUACUGCUGGCCUCAGCCCAGGCGCGGCCCGCCAGCAUGCUGCGCCUUUGGGACUUCCAGACUGGGGAGUGCCUGUCCCUGUUCCAGAGCCCAGUCCUCACCAUCUCCUCCCUCAGCUUCUCGGACAGCGGGGCGCAGCUCUGUGGCAUCGGCAAGGACCGCCAUGGGCGGACGGUACUGGGGCCGGGCCAGGGAGGUGGAGCCGCCUGUUCCAGGAUGGUGGUGGCGUGGGCCACAGACCAGGUGGGGCGAGGUGGAGAGGCUGUCAUUCUCGCGAAGGCACACACCGAUGUUGACAUCCAGGCAUUUGAGGUUGCCUUUUUUGAUGAAACCAGGAUGGCAUCGUGCGGCCGGGGCAGUGUGCGGCUGUGGCGGCUGCGAGGCGGGGAGCUGCGCUCCUGCCCUGUGGACCUGGGGGAGCACCAUGCACUGGAGUUCACUGACCUGGCCUUUAGGCAGGCCCAGGACGGCCACACACUCUAUGUGUGUAGCCGCAGUGGCCACAUCCUAGAGAUUGACCACCAGCACAUGGCCGUGCGGCAUGCUCACCGCCUCCUGCCCAUGCAGACCCCUGGUGGCCCCCUUCCACAGAAGCAGACCUUCAGUUCAGGCCCUGGCAUCGCCAUUACCAGCCUCAGUGUCUCCCAGGCCAUGUGUGCCGUGGGCUCCGAGGAUGGCUACCUGCGCCUCUGGCCCCUGGACUUCUCUUCUGUGCUCUUGGAGGCAGAGCAUGAGGGCCCCAUCAGCUCCGUCCUCGUCAGCCCUAAUGGCCUGCGUGUGCUGUCCGCCACUUCCUUGGGCCACCUGGGCUUCCUAGAUGUCCAUUCCCAGGAGUACAGUGUGCUGGUACGGUCCCAUGCUGCCCUGGUGGUGGCCCUGGCCACUGACUGCAGCCGGGGACAGCUGGCCACUGUGUCCCAGGACCACACUGUCCGCAUCUGGGAUCUGGCGACCCUGCAGCAGUUGUACGACUUCACGUCACGGGAGGAGGCCCCGUGUGCCAUCGCCUUCCAAGCCGACCUUAUUCUGUGGCUUCAGUAGUGGGGCUGUCCGCUCCUUCAGCCUGGAGGCUGCUGAGGUCCUGGUGGAGCAUAGAUGUCACCAAGGAGCCAUCACCGGCCUGGUCACCAGCCCUGACGGCAGCUUCCUGUUCAGCUCCUGCUCUCAGGGCACGCUGGCACAGU